AUGAUUGGUGGAUACGACAUCUACGCGGCCGUCUCGAACAACAACCACCAAGACCAGCAGCUGGUGGACUUGGCAAAUCAGCUCCGUUUGAAGAUCCAGGAUGUGGUGAUGAACGUCUCAGUGAACUACAUCACCGACUCCAUCACACUGCCCGUGAACGUGCCGCAGCAUUUCUUAAAAGCCGGCCACAACUGUCAGAUCUUCUUACCUGGAGCCUCCUGGAACCUUGGAAAUACGGACCAGGAGAGGGCCGAGGCGGCUGCGCAGUUGGUUGCCACUCGGGUUCAAAGAGGUGGACACUUUGCGAACACUUACCCUGAGCAGAUUCAGAGAAGUCGUGAAUCUGCACUCCAGCUGCGGAAGGAAGUGCAAGAGCACAACGUGAACGUCAGGGCCUUCCAUUACAACAGCAGCAACGGCAAUUAUGUGGAGUUCGAGCUGAAGGAAGGAGCGCGCUAA